AUGGCUGCGGAUGAGAGUCAACAACUCAGAGUUGGUGACAUUAUACUUUCGGUCAAUGGAGAGACUUUGGAGUCGGCAUCUCAUGAUGAGGCUGUCAGAGCUUUAAAAACAGCCGGUUCUACAAUCUGUCUAGAAGUGAAACCUUUGCGCAGGACAGGCUCGUUUGUAAAAAGGUUGCAGGCUGAAUCAGCAGCUUCGCCCCAGUGCUCAACCUCAACGACUAGGGUGGCGACUGACGCUUUAUCCCCUUCGGUCUUCACUAAUAGUCAGGUCCGGAUACCCCUUAAUUUAGUCUACGUGGAACGAAAACGGCACCAGCAGCAUUUCAUGGAGAAAGCUUCGGGCAGCGGUGAAUCCGGAUGCUGUAUAGAACUCUUUUCUCCAGACCUCACUCAGUCAUGCCUGCUCUGCACGGGUUCACCUCGACUGGCAAGUGUUUGGUUUGCGUCACUGAGUAGGCAGAUUUCAAUCCUAAACCAGAUCUCUCUCAACGGAUGGAUAAAAGUGCUUCCGCAAUUCCAGCUGAGGAAAAUUGGCUGGGUCCUCGAACUGGACAGGUUGGUAGACGACAGUAAUUCCUGUCUAGCUGAACACCACCACCCGUCUCACCUCUCUGCGUCCCCCUGCUCCUCCGGGUCGUCAUGGCAACCGGUAUUUUUAGCUGUUACGGACCGCCUGCUUCUAAUGUAUUCUCAGGCGCCUUACAGCCCCGAAGACUGGCAUUCUCCACUCGUCUCAGCUGCGCUGAUAACCACUCGAGUUGUCAAUUUUAUGACUGGUCUGUCUGGGAAAUUUCAUCCCAAUCAAGAUUGGACCCCACGUAAAGAGCGCCCCUCACUACAUUUCACUAUUCGAACAGGGAGGAAAUAUGGCGUCGAAUCGCACACAUUUGCUGCUCCAACGUCCAGUGAACUUGAGGAUUGGUUGCAGGUUAUUUUAACUAGCACUCGGCAAGCCCUGCUUGCAGCGCCCCAGGUAGCAAUUAAGAGUCGCUGGCGUGGACUGGACACAGACCUUGUCUUGCACCGGAUCGCUGGUAUCUCCCUCUUUCGGGCUGGCUCAUCGAACUGCUCCGGCAAACUGAUCUGGGCCUUUCCUUUCGAGCGGGAGCUGGAAUUGCCGGGUGGAACUAAACCGGUGAUUUUUGUUCUUCUCAAUAUUCUAUCCACUAGACUGGUGGACCGGAAGUACUUGACAUAUUAG